CAUCCCCUCUCCUCGUCUGCACUGCGCCGCACCUGUAGCGCGGUCCUGCGUCCCCUGUCCUCGUCUACACCGCGCAGCACCUGCUGCUUGGUCCUCGGUCCCCUGUCGUCGUUCUUGGCUCUGGUAUGCUCCCCGUGCGUGACUCCCUGCGCUCUCAGCUGACGCCUGGGCUUUGCAUCCUUCUCUUCAUUCUGAACUCCGUUUUGACCCUUGCUGCUGGAUCCCACUACUGUCUGUGGAUUCGGACUCACUCUGAGAACUCGCGCAUCUAAGGAAUCCGUUGUUUUCUCUGGAAACCGGCUUUUCUUGUCGCUUCCAAAUCCGUAACCUCCAGCCCUGAGCAGAAAACGCGUUUUCACAUUCAUUGAGAACUAUGCCAUUUUUGGGUCAGGACUGGAGAUCUCCCGGCUGGAGCUGGAUUAAAACAGAAGAUGGCUGGAAGAGAUGUGAAUCCUGGAGUCAGGAACUCGAAAGAGAAAACACCCAGCGCAACCUGAGUCACAGCAUUAUCUUAAAUAGUGACGAUGAAGAAAUAUUCAGUAAUGAAGAGCAGGAAUACACAUCCAAAAAGAGGAAAAAGGAUCAUUUUAGAAAUGAUACAAAUACUCAAUGUUUUUAUCGUGAGAAAUGGAUCUAUGUUCAUAAAGAAAGCACCAGAGAAAGGCACGGCUACUGUACUUUGGGCGAGGCCUUUAACCGUUUAGACUUCUCCAGUGCCGUUCAGGAUAUUCGGAGGUUCAAUUACGUGGUCAAGCUCCUGCAGCUCAUUGCGAAAUCCCAGCUGACCUCGCUGAGCGGUGUCGCCCAGAAGAAUUACUUCAACAUUUUGGACAAAAUCGUCCAGAAAGUGCUCGAUGACCACCAGAACCCCCGCCUCAUCAAAGAUCUUCUCCAAGACCUGAGCUCGACCCUGUGCAUCCUUGUCCGUGGGGUCGGGAAGUCCGUGCUGGUGGGGAACAGCAAUAUCUGGGUCUGCCGUCUGGAGACUGUGCUCGCCUGGCAACAGCAGCUGCAGAACCUUCAGAUGACUAAGCAGGUGAACGGCGGCCUCACGCUCAGCGAUCUCCCCCUGCACAUGCUCAACAACAUCUUGUACAGGUUCUCUGACGGCUGGGACAUCGUGACACUGGGCCAGGUGACCCCAACGCUGUCCGUGCUCAGUGAGGACCGGCAGCUGUGGAAGAGACUGUGUCAGUACCACUUCGCGGAGAAGCAGUUUUGUAGACACCUGAUCGUUUCGGAGAAGGGCCACGUGGAGUGGAAGCUCAUGUACUUCGUGCUGGAGAAGCACUACCCGACCCGGGAGCAGUACGGGGACACGCUGCACUUCUGCCGCCACUGCAGCAUCCUCUUCUGGAAGGACUGCCGCCUUGCUUUGUUGUUCAAGGACACGGGGCACCCCUGCACGGCCGCCGACCCCGACAGCUGCUUCAUGCCUGUGUCCCCGCAGCACUUCAUCGACCUGUUCCGGUUCUGAGGUGCCGUCACUGCUGGAGGACGGGGACACAGGACGCCAUGGAGAGCGUGCCCGGCAUGGCCAGGGCCGUGGGGCUGGGCCUACCCUCGAGGGGUCAGGGGACCCAAGCAAAAGCAUUUCAAGAUACUCUUUCUUCUAGAAAAUCCUUUUCAUCCAAGUCUACUAAAAUUGGCAACUUUGCAGAUUUAUAAAUACGGUUCAGUGAGAUUCUGGAUUUUUAGCACGUUUUGUGCUGAGCUGACACUAAUGCUAUGCUUCUUAACUGUCCCGUGACAGUUUCCUGAUUUCGUAGUAAUGAGGGGCAGGGGGCAGAGCAAGUGAGCCUUGUAAAUACUGGGUGCAGAAUAUUUAUUUUUCUUCAUAUGUAUUUUAAUUGCAUUGGUUGUGUCCAAGUGAACGCUCUGCGCAGUGAACCCCGGGAGACGUGUGCGUGUCUGUCUCUGGUGUGCGGCGGUCGGGCUGUGAGCUGUGCACGACUCCGUGGCCGGCAGCGGUUGCUGGGGCAGCAGCCGGCCGCGGGGCACACGCCAUGGCCGGGAGGAGGGACAGCCCUCGGCCUCAGCUGCCCUGCUCAGGGCCUCCCUUUACAGACACAGUAAUAAAUCUCAUUUGUCUACUGA